GCUUCUGGCCUCUGUGCCACCUUUUUUGCAUACCGGUAUGGACAACUUUUGUGCACCGAGGAUUAUGUCCUUGAGGAAUGACCACUCUUCAUCCAUACUCUUUCCCUGUGGUCCAUGAUCCCAUAGGGCAUUACUCACUGAAGUCCUUAGCUUACUGAAGUCAGCUAUUUUAAAGUCAAGAAUGUGUACCUUACUGACAGAUGAUGGACAGUGAAAGUGAUAGUGUCAUGGUCACUGUUGCCUAGGUUACCCUCUAUCAUCAGAUUACUCAUCAGGUCAUCCCCCUUGGCCAAAACUAAAGCUUUAGGAUUUGGUCACUAUUUUUGACUUCUUCACUCUACUUCUGUGAAUACAAGAAGCUCUAAAUUUCAUAGAGCAAGGUGGGGCAAAGCUUAAAGCUAAAAAUGCAGGUGUCCCAUGUAACUCAUUACUUGACAUGAGCUGUUUCUCAGAGUGGAAGGGUACUUGCUUCUAGUGAAGGGUGAUCCCCAGAGGGAGACAUCCAGCUAUCAUUCUUUACCAUUCACACUGCUUUGCCCUCUAGGUUUCAGUGUGUACAUUAUUUAUUGGCUUUGAGCCAAAGCUCAUGAUUUUUUUCCCUUGCACUGCUUUCAGGCCUGUAUCUUGGGCAGUGGGUGGGGAAAGACUGAGUUAUAAAUUGUCUGGGAGGAAGGCAAAGAGGAAAUUAAAGCAAUGAGUGCAGCACUUUGACUUGCAGUUAGUUGUUCUGAGAAAGGACAGGAAGGAGCAGAGGGGAAUUUCAACUUGAUUGCAGAGGUCACAUUGUUUCUGCCACUGAAGAUGACUCUGGCAGCCUGUGUCCUGCUGAGCUUGGUAUUGAGCAGCUGUGGUGCUGGGGGAUAUGCCGAGCUGUCUACUGAGUGUGGUUUAGAGACAGGUCCUGCUUCUGAGUUGAGACAGUCAUACAACUUGACACCUGCAGAUCUUUAUAAUCUCAAUGCUAAGUUCAUUGAAGAUGAAAAGGAGACACAGUUCAGGUCCUACCUUAUAAAUAUAAGCUGGGGCCUCAGCAUGGAUGCAAGCAUCAAAGAAUUGACAGCCACCAAGAUAUGUGUGAUCAGUCAAGGAACUGUUAGACACUUUGAGUGUGUUCGAUGCAGUUACACAGAAAAGUUUCAAAGUCAAACUACGGCAGGGAAUCAAAGAUGGCAGUUCCAUUACACUGGAUUCCCUGUAGAACCAGUCACUAACUAUUUCAUCCAUGCUUACAACCUACCUCCAGCAAAUAUAUAUGAGGAUUCAUCUUCCAAAACUCUCUUUCUAAUUUCACCAGGCUGUAAUGAUCAUGUAAUGAAAUAUAGCAAAAGCUGCAUAGAAGAAGGAAGUCUAUGGGAUCCAAACAUAACUGUAUGUAAAACAGAGGCAGAAGUGGAAGUGAAUUUUACCACAAGUAGCCUUGGGACAAGAUAUACUGUAUUCCUCUGUGAUACUGAGGACUGCAGUGAACCUAUCGAGAAAGAGACUAAUGAAACUAGAACAUCUGUUAAACUACCUGUGAGAGAUCGAAGCAACAAUAUUACUGUACAGAUAAUUCCUUAUUUUCCCAAAUGUCAAUAUGAUUGUCCAAGGCGCACAGGAACCUUGACAACGUGCAUUCAAAAUUACAGCAAUGGGGCCAACACAAUUGAUUUGAUUGGAAGAUGCAUGUGUUUCAUCCUUGUUGCUAUAUUUAUAACUCUGUGUGUGAUUGUUGCUGUACUAUGUUUCAUGAAAAACCACGAAACAAUUAUGAAGCAAACUUUCUUUCAUCACGCAAACCUACACAAAUCUGUUAAAGUGCUAGUUAUAUAUCCAAAAGAAGUCUGUUUUCAUCAUACUGUCCUAACUUUUGCCAAAUUUCUGCACGACUCUUGCCAGAUUGAUGUUAUUAUAGACAUGUGGCAAAAACAAAAAAUUGCUGAAAAGGGCCCAGUACAAUGGCUGGCGGCUCAGAAAGAAACUGCAGAUAAGAUAAUUUUCCUCUGUUCAAGCAAUAUUGGUACUGAGUGUGAUGAGUCCUGUUAUAAAAAUAUAAGAAACCACAAAGAUAACUCUGACUGUAUGUUUGCUCUUGCAUUUAACCUCUUCUGCAGUGAUCUGAAAAACCGGUCUUCUCUGCACAAAUACAUAGUGGUUUCUUUCAAUGAAAUAAAUUCAAAAGAUACCCUACCAACUGCUCUGAAAAUCUGUCCAAAAUAUUAUCUUAUGAAGGACAUUGACAAUUUUUGUAGACAUCUUUCUAUUCAACAUAGCCAGACCAAUGGCAAAAGUACAAAAAAAGUGAGUGGCUGGCGAUCUAGCAUCAGAUGUACACCAACUGAGGAAUACAGCAUGGGAAUAAAGGAUAAAAGCAAGGUAACAGCAGAAGAAGAGUGUAAUUCCACAAGGCUGUUGAUGGGUUUAAUGUAAGUGUGCCUGUAUGAAAUUAAUUCUGAAUUAAACACAGGUUUCCUUUCACAACCCUUCAGCUGAGAGAACAGAAGCUAAUAAUUUGGAUGGGAAUGGUAGCUGCCCAACUUAAAGACAUUUUGUUCUUCCAACAACUAGGAAAAUAGUUUAAAGCCAUGGUGUCAAACUUUUUUGUCUCUGCAGCCCAAAUGACAUGCAAGUGCUACAGUUAAUUCCCAGGGCCCCUGGAGUUGCCGUACUUGUACAAUAUUAGAAUCCAGGCAUUAAUGCAGCUGCAACGCACCUUGAACACCACCUAAAACUCCCAAAUUGAGUAUAUAUGUGGAGUGACCACAGCAUUAACCCUCCCUGGAUUUUAGAGAGCACUAACCUGUUUAGCUCAGAGGAGGGCUCAUCCAGUCCAGUGCUUUCCAACUAGUGUGCUGCAGCGCAAUUGUGUGCAAUGAGGCACGUCCAGGUGUUCCUGGAAUUUUGGGCUGGAGCCAAGCCCCUGCCUGCUGCCACACAGACAGACAGCAGCCAGUGAUUUGCAUCCAUGUGCUGUGUUUAGUUGUGCUGCACCCCC